UGUCUAUUCCAUUUCUGCGUCUCUGACUGUCUAUCGCAACUCCGAGCAUCCGACGACGCGAAUAAGCUACAAGCCGACGUUGCUGCUGUCGCGGCCCGCCCACCCCUGCGACGAAGAAGCUAGUACUAAAGAAACACUGGAAAAGGAGAUAAAUCGCGGGUGCUUUUCGUGUGAUCAGUCUCUUUUGGCAGAUUGACAAUGGCUGCGACGCUUAGGAAUCUGAAGAUCAAGACGUCGACUUGCAAACGCAUAGUGAAGGAGCUGCACUCCUACGAGAAGGAGGUGGAGAGAGAAUCCGCCAAGACCGCUGAUAUGAAGGCUAAAGGCGCCGAUCCAUAUGACCUCAAACAACAGGAAAACGUGCUGGCUGAAUCCAGAAUGAUGAUACCCGAUUGCCACAAGCGUUUAGAAGCUGCACUGACUGACCUUAAAGGAACCCUGGUUGAGAUCGAAGAGGAGUUGAACCAAAAAGAAGGCCCCGAGGUUGAAGAAGCUCAAAAAGUCAUAACCGAGGUUGAACAGGUGCUUCAAAGUACAGAAGCAUAGCGUACGAAAGUCUCGCCGCCUUGCUUUCUGGAUGUCAUGUUUUAAGCUUUCUACAGCUCAUGAUAAUGUGUGAUUUUGUAACUGAAUGUUCAUCAUCCAUCAUGACAAUUUUCAUUGUGCAAGACAAUAUGUAAUGGCCAUGGAGUGUUCAUCAACUGUGAUGGCUUAUUGUGUAAAACAACAUCAUUUACUCUGACUGCUCAUCAUGUCAAAGUUUAAUCUAAAUUUCUAA